AUGUUGAGGCUGGUAUCUCUGCCCUUGAGGCAGCCGAUGGUUUUGUUGAGGAUUUCGACACGGUUUGUAUCUUACGAUAAGGAGAGCAAGACUCUACUUCACCAAGAAAGAGGCCGGGAAAAGAAGCGAAGAUUGAGAAAGGAAUUGAAAUUCAAUGCGUUGGAAAAUCCAGCCGAGCAUCCCUUACAUAUGGACAUAGCCACUGCUUUGAAUACGAUAAGGUCGUUUGAACUUGGUAAACCAUUGAAAAAGACAAAUAUUACAUGUAGUUUAUACGCGCGUCAAGAGCAAGGAGCAGCGCCUAUCAAUGCCAAUUUGAAUUUACCCUUUCCUGUCAACAAAAAGAAUAACCCCUUGUUGUUCACUACUCAUCAAGGUGUAAUGGAAGAACUUGAAAGCUUAAUCCCCAGGGAAAACAUGGGUGGUAAGGAACUAUUGGAUAGAUUCAUAAAUCAAGAGCUUUUACCGGGAGAUUUCACUCAUGCAUUUGCCACUUGCGAAAUGGAACCACACUUGAAAUCGGUGUCUAGAAUAUUGGGGCCUGCGAAAUUACAACCGACAAAGAAAAAGGGAACAGUAACCGAUGAUUUGCUGGUGAUUCGCAAUAUCUUGAGCUCGUAUCAAAUCAAACAACGAGAUUUCCAUAUUAGUUUCACUGCGGGUGAUUGUUCAUUUAGUGAUUUCCAAAUCAUAUCCAACUUGAAAGCUAUAAGCGAUGCUAUUUACCGACAAAUUGAUCCAAAGGCGUCAAAAAAGACAAGGUUGGGCCAUUGUUUUAUUACAAGUGCUAAUAGUCCUGGUUUAGUUAUUGACUUUAAAAAUGAAUAA